CCAUAAUUGACCAAACCUUAACCUGGUUGCUACAUGCUCCAUCUCUUCUCCAUGGCCAUCGCUUCCUUAAGAUUCGCUUGCAAACCCAAUCUUCAUCUUCGCUCCGCUCCAUUCCAAUGCAUUCGCAAGGUUGUGCCUAAAACUGUUCCUUCGGUUGAGGCAGAGAAAUGUAGUGGCUCAAGUGGUGAACAAGAAGAUAAGAAGGCACCGGCGUGGAAGAAGUUGAAUUCCAAAGAGCUUGGACUUCGAAAUUCCAUGAUAGCGAAUCCAACUAAAAAGGUUCUCAACAUGUUGAAGAAAAAGGGGCAUGAUGUAUACCUUGUAGGAGGUUGUGUUCGGGAUCUUAUACUAAAGCAAACACCAAAAGACUUUGAUGUUAUAACUUCAGCAGAUCUUAAAGAGGUGACGAGAACAUUUUCAUGGUGUGAGAUAGUGGGUAAAAGGUUCCCUAUAUGUCAUGUUCAUAUGGAGGGUACCAUUGUUGAGGUUUCAAGUUUUAAUACUGCUAGAUACAAGUCAAGUAAGCGCUUCACUCAUGAUUUAGAGACACCUAAUGACUGUGAUAGGGAGGACUAUCUUCGCUGGAGGAAUUGUUUGAAACGAGACUUUACAAUUAAUGGGUUGAUGUUCGAUCCAUAUGCAAGAAUUGUAUACGAUUACAUGGGAGGAAUGGAAGAUAUUAUAAAAGCUAAAGUGCGAACUAUGGUUCCUGCAGCUGCUUCUUUUCAGGAGGAUUGUGCUCGCAUUCUACGUGCAAUUCGGAUUGCUGCUCGCUUGGGGUUUAGUAUUUCAAGGGAAACUGCUCAAUCUCUUAAAAAUCUUUCAUAUUCAGUGUUAAGACUAGAUAAGGGUAGGCUUCUUAUGGAAAUAAAUUAUAUGCUAGCUUAUGGAUCUGGUGAAGCUUCUUUGAGGCUAUUGUGGAGAUUUGGACUUCUUGAUAUACUUCUCCCCUUUCAGGCUGCUUAUUUUGUUCGCCAUGGAUUUCGGAGACGAGACAAAAGAACCAAUAUGCUUUUGUCUUUCUUCUCCAAUUUGGAUAAACUUUUGGCACCAAACCAUCCAUGUCAUUGCAGCUUAUGGGUUUCUAUCCUUGCAUUACAUUUAACAUUGAGUGAUAAACCAAGGGGUUCCUCGGUGGUUGCUGCAUUUAGCCUUGCACUCCAUAAUGGUGGAAAUUUAUCAGAAGCAAUAGACAUAGCUAAGAGGAUUAACAAACCAUGUGAUGCCAGAUUUCCUGAAUUAUUAGAUCCUUCUGGUCUGGAUGAACAGGCUUUGGAAGAUGAGAUUCUUGAUCUUGCAGAGUCUGUUAAACAGUCUCUGUUGCAUAUGACAACUAGGCAUUUGAUAUCCGGGGCCAUGAUUGACUAUCCUCAAGCUCCUCAUUCAGAUCUGGUGCUCAUCCCAUUAGCAAUGUACAUUAAAGCUCUAAGCAUUUUUGACUGUGUGAAAGUCAGUGCUGGUAAGCAAAUUUUAUCAAAGCAAGGUAGGAAAAUUGAUUAUGAGUCCUUAGCUCAUGGUGAUCUGCAAGAAGUACGGCACGUGCUUGCAAGGAUUGUAUUUGAUACGGUAUAUCCACUACGCCUUGAUUGAUUCCUCCAACAGGAGCAAUGGAUUUUCCCGAGGCUGGUUUGAAGUUUGAUUAUAAAUUGUGAGAAAAUUGAUGCUGGAGUAGGCAUUCUAUCAAGGGUAAUGGUCGUUCAAAAUUGGAAUAAAGUGUGGUGAAGGUCUAGUGUCAGCAUUUGACAUUCGAGAGUGGUACUUAAAGGAAUUAUCAUGAACAUUGUCGUGAGCCAGUGACAGCUUCCUAGGUGGGACUUAUCAUGCUAUGCAAUGUGCCUAACUUGUAGGCUUUAAAAUAGCCAGCGGAUAAAGGAGAGAAAAACAUUUCCAACCCCCCAAAAAGAUUUUUCCCCUUGUCUUUUUGAUUCCAAAGUGUUUUUAUAUAAUGGUUAUAUAAAGUAUUUUUUUUAAUCAAAUAUCAACCUUAAUUUCAGAUGCCCAAGUCAUUGAAUUACCAAAAAAGUCGGCAAUAUUUCAUUUUUUAAUUCACGAAAUUAACAUAAAGAGGGAUGAGAACAGGAAUGUUGGAAUGACCCAUGCAACAAAGUUGCUUUUCAUCCUUUUCUUUUACUGGAAAACAUUGCUUUUCCAUCCAUUUAUAUAAGGUGAGAAUUCUUAAAACUAUGUGCAAGACAUUUUCUUUUUACACUGUAUCAUUGAACCUAUGUUUUUAGUUGCAUUGGUUAUUAUUAUAUUUGUAAUAUAUACAUGAUUGAUUAUUAGCAUUAGAAAUAUUAAAUUUUGAUUAAAGUAGAAAACAAAGGUGAUUGGUGUUGUUUACACUCUACCUAGAACAUGUUCAAUGUAAAAAACAUUGUUU